UCCCUCGAUGACUGUGGUGAGUGUGUAUAAAAACCCUGCAGGUCAGCACAGGCAGAACAACGUUGACAGGACAACAGCUGGGAUCUUAACCAAAAACACUAACACUCUACUGACUUUAACAGAUCUUUCUUAAUUCAGAAAAAGAUGGAAUCCGAGAUGAAAUGCAACAUGAGCGAGAUGUGGAGCCUCAAGAUGCCCAAGGGACUGGACUUGGAGAUUACACAUCACCCACUGACAAUGAGGAGUGUGGUCAACCUCAUCGUCGCCAUGGAGAGGUUGAAGGGCAGCGGGUCAGUGCGGAGCACCAAGUGCACAGAUGAAAACCUGCUCAACUUCAUGAUGGAGAGCAUAGUGGAAGAGCAAACUGUGUUUGAGCGCGGUUCAGCUCCACCGCUUCAGUUCAGGAGGACGGAUGAGUACCAGUGCAGCGUGACUGACAGCAAGAAGAGGAGCUUAGUUCUGGUCCAAAACAGCAUGGAGCUCCACGCAAUGAUGCUGCAGGGAGGCGCUGAAAACUCCAAAGUUUACCUGAACAUGUCGACCUACAUCCAUCCUGCACCCAGCGCUGAGGCCAGAACUGUGGCUCUGGGCAUCAGGGGCACAAAUCUCUACCUGUCUUGCCACAAGGAUGGUCCCGAAGCAACCUUGCAUCUGGAGGCCGUGGAGGACAAAAACAGUCUGUUGAGUAUCCGCUCGGACAGCGACAUGGUGCGAUUUCUCUUCUACAAACAGGACACCGGGGUGAACAUCAGCACCCUCGUGUCUGUCGCCUUCCGUGACUGGUACAUAAGCACAGCAGUCGAUAACAACAAGCCGGUGGAAAUGUGCCUGGAGACUGCCCAACGCCACCGAACCUUCAACAUCCAGCAUCAGAGUUCAAACCUGCCAAGGGCAUCCUAAGUGAAAUGUGGAUCUGCAUCUGGGGGAGUUUGACCCACUUACGAUGAAAAUUUUGCUAUUGAACAGAACGUAAAAUAUACUUCACUUCAGCUAUUUUGAUUCAAAUAAUCAGCAAAAAAUACUUUUUUUUAAAGUACUAUCACUGUCUGCUAGAAGGACUUCUGCAAGUUUUUUCAGAGUGUCUAUUUACUGUAUGUACCAAGUACAGAAAGUGAAAUACUUAGUGUAUUGACAUAAUCAAUUUUCACCACAAAGUGGCAUUAUUGUGCUGUCUGGUGAGUAUCCUAUGUAUUUAUUAUGCUGUAUGACAUGACACACUGUUAAUGCUUUUAUCUAUUAAUUUAUUUAUCUAUUUAUACACCAUUUUAACGUAUAUAUUUAUUUGGAAAUCUGCUUACUAACAAUUAUUUAAAUGAUGUGCUGUGGAUUUUUAAUAAAGCCUUAUAACUUA